CGGCCCCUCGACUCCUCACCCACCUUCCCCUGCAAUCUAGGCUAGGGUUCCUUCGAAUAUCCCUUUCUUCUUGCUCUUUCUUCCAUUUUCGCCCAUUUUUCUCGUAUCCCUCGAACUCUGCACUGAGAUCGGAGCUUAUCUUCCUACCAUUCCGCUUGAUCCAUACUUUUUUUUUCUUUUCGUCUGCCAUCUCUUUCCUUUUUCUUCCAUUUUUCUUUUCAUUCUGUUUCGUUCCCCAUUCACAAUUCAAAAUCGUUUUUUCUCAACAACUUUGACCAUAUCUGGACUCUCUUCCUCCGAUUCCUACCUUUUCCGGAUCUUCCUGCGGAAUUGAUCAUGACCGUUCCUGCUUCCGGUUUUAUGAUGGAAAACGGCGGAUCAAGCUGCCUGCCACUCCCACCAGAUGUCGAGAAUCGGAUCGUCACCGACCUGGGGAAGGAAUCCGAGUCUAAUUUGCAAGAAGGCAAUCUCUACUAUGUUGUUUCUAAUCGGUGGUUUAGAAGAUGGCAGUUAUAUGUUGGACAGCCUACUGAAGAAUUUCCUAGCAAAGAUCAUUCUUCUGAUUCCCAACACUGUAAUAUGGUUCCUUCAAACGUGGUAGAAAGGCCCGGUCCUAUUGACAAUUCAGAUAUAGUCGUUAAUGGAAGUGAUUCUGAGAAUAAUGAUUUAGAGCUAAAAAGAUUUUUGGAGGAACGACGGGAUUAUGUUUUGGUUCCCAGUGCAGUUUGGGAAAAACUGUAUGAUUGGUACAAAGGGGGGCCACCGUUACCAAGAAAGUUGAUAUCCCAAGGUGUCACUCAAAAGAAUUUUUUUGUGGAGGUUUAUCUACUUUGUCUAAAAUUGAUUGAUUCCAGAGAUGGAAGUGAAUGUAUCAUACGAUUGAGCAAGAAGGCCACCGUAUUUGAUCUUCGUGAGAAGGUGUUUGCACUUAAAGGAAUAAAGCAGGAAAAGCAGGCGUGUAUAUGGGAUUACUUCAACCAGCAUAAACAAUCAGUAUUGGAUGCGACAAGCCAAACCCUCGAAGAACUAAACUUGCAGAUGGAUCAACAUAUCCUCCUUGAAGUUGAUGGACCUACUCAGACUGGCAUGGAUGCCACUCGAAAUGAGUUAGCUUUGGUAGCUCUUGAACCUUCAAGAUCAUCUCUGUCAAUUGCAGGGGGGCCAGUGAUGUCAAAUGGACAUUCAUCCAGUUAUGGUUAUCAGGGAAGUUCUUUGAGCUCAUCAGUUUCUGACAUGGAUGACAGAAGUGAUCUUAGUAAUACUGCAAAGAAAAGAGAGAAGGGUGGUUUGGCAGGGUUGCAGAAUUUAGGAAAUACAUGUUUCAUGAACAGUGCCCUUCAAUGUUUAGUUCACACGCCACCUCUUGUAGAGUAUUUUUUACAAGAUUAUUCUGAAGAGAUCAAUGCAGAUAAUCCGUUGGGAAUGCACGGAGAGUUAGCCAUUGCUUUUGGGGACUUGUUGAGGAAAUUAUGGUCGCUGGGACAGACCACAAUUGCACCACGUGCAUUUAAGGGGAAGUUGGCUCGUUUUGCUCCUCAGUUCAGUGGUUAUAACCAGCAUGAUUCCCAAGAACUUCUUGCCUUCUUACUGGAUGGACUGCAUGAAGAUUUGAAUCGUGUUAAACGGAAGCCUUAUUUUGAAACAAAGGAUUAUGAUGGUCGUCCAGAUGCAGAAGUUGCAGAUGAGUGUUGGAGAUACCAUAGAGCACGAAAUGAUUCUUUGAUUGUAGAUGUUUGUCAAGGUCAAUAUAAGUCGACAUUGGUUUGUCCAGUAUGUGGAAAAAUCUCAAUUACUUUUGAUCCAUUUAUGUAUUUAUCAUUGCCGCUACCUUCAACUGUCACUCGCAGUGUGACAGUGACUGUGUUCUAUGGUGACGGUAGUGGUCUUCCAAUGCCAUACACUGUGACAGUGCAAAGACAUGGUUGUAUCAAAGAUCUCACCCUUGCAUUGACUAUUGCAUGCUGCUUGACGAUUGAUGAAAAUCUUCUGCUUGCAGAGGUUUAUGAUCACCGUAUUUACAAAUAUUUUGAUAACCCUCUUGAAUCUGUGACUUCUAUUAAAGAUGAAGAGUAUCUAGUUGCAUAUCGCCUUCCAAAAAGGGAGUCUGGAAGACCAAAGCUCGAGAUCAUUCACAGAUCGCUGGAAAGAUGCUCAACUGACCGCCUGAAGGGAAUGGAGAGAAAGCUUUUUGGAACUCCUCUAGUCACAUAUUUGGGAGAAGAGUUCCGUAGUGGAGCCGACAUUAAUGCAGCUGUGUCUAAGAUCCUCGUUCCUUUGAAAAGAACGUACUCUUCAACUAAAGCUCAUAGUAGCAAAGAAAAUGGCUUCGUUUCUGAAAUGAAUGAUGAACCAGCCAACUGCAGUCCUCGGUCUGUUUCCCAGUCAAUUGACAUUGAAGAAGAGGAAACAUCAUCUGAGAAAGAGCCAUCCUUUCAACUUCUUUUAACAGAUGAUAGGGGUUUGAGCUGCAAGCCAAUUGACAAGGAUUCUGCUAUAAAGUAUGGUCCACUUAUAAAGGUUUUCUUGGAUUGGACCGACAGAGAACAUGAAUUAUAUGAUGUGAGCUACAUCAAGGAUCUUCCUCCCGUUCACCAGACAAGGUUCAUGAAGAAAACGCGGCAGGAAGCAAUAUCUUUAUUUUCUUGCUUGGAAGCCUUCCUUACUGAAGAGCCUUUAGGUCCUGAUGAUAUGUGGUACUGCCCUAGGUGCAAGGAGCAUAGACAGGCUACAAAGAAGUUAGACUUGUGGAAGUUGCCAGAGAUUAUUGUUUUUCACUUGAAACGUUUUUCAUACAGCAGAUAUCUCAAAAACAAGCUCGACACCUUUGUGGAUUUCCCUAUUCACAAUCUUGAUUUGAGUAAAUAUGUCAAAAGCAAUGAUGGGAAGUCUUACUUGUACAACCUAUAUGCCAUUAGCAACCAUUAUGGUGGUCUUGGCGGUGGUCACUACACUGCAUACGCAAAGUUAAUCGAUGAGAAGAGAUGGUACCACUUCGAUGACAGUCAUGUUUCCCCAGUUGGCGAAGAAGAGAUAAAGACAUCGGCUGCUUAUUUGUUGUUCUAUCAAAGAGUUGAAAAUUGACUUGGAACAAAGCUCCACAAGUCCUCUACUAGAAGAGGCAACGACUCUGGAUUGUGGUGUUUCAGCUUCAUUCCGGCGGCUAAAAGGAAGCUUAGUUUUUCAUGGUUUAAGCAUUAAUCAGGCCAAACUAAGGGGAAAGAAAUAGAAUAGAUCUGAUUUUGCAGAAGAAACGUGGAAUUCUACAGUUGGAGGUACAUAAAAAUAGUCUGGUUUUCAGCAGCGUAUACAAUUUGAUCAUCAAAACUGGAUUAAUUUUAUUAAAAAUACUCGUCUAUUCAUUAACUUUUUGAGAGAAAUUUUGUUGUGUGAUUAGGUGGGUAGUGUAGAUUGUAGCAAAGCUUGCCUCUAGAGGCGAAGUGGCAGUUGCCAUUCAUUUGUUUGUUAGCUGUUCCCAUGGUGGCUGCUGGCCACUUUCUGUUGUUACUUCUACAUGCUCCUAUUGUUACUGAUUAAUUUAAUUUGGAAAAGCCUGAAAUUCCCAACUUUUCAUGCAUCA